CAAAAACAGUGGACACUCACUGACUGGAUGGUGUAUUUUUGGAAACCAGCUAACGAAACUCGCAACUGACUGGACAGCACCGUGUUGUGAUUUGAACACAGUGUACGAAACGAGCUCUGGGGAAGAGUGGACUGAAAUCAAAGAAGAUUUCAACACCAGCAGUUAGAAGUCGGGAACAAAACAAACCGAUGGACUGCAUGAGGGGCUGAAUCAUUCACAGGCUAACCAGACAGCAGACAGUGGAGUUAGGUUGUUAUCUUAACACGACUAUAAGUAACAUUUAUAUCUGCUGAAUAUUCGUUUACUUGACUCUUAACUACCACUCAGUAUUUCUCUCGUUACCAUGGUCGUGUAGUUACACAAGCGUUGACCGCCGGAGUAUCAAGUUAGCAAGCUAGUGGCUAGCUGUAGCUAUCGUUGCCAUUACUUGAACUGCUUCAGCUGCUAGCAACAUAAUGUAGCUGAGGUUACAAGACUACAUUCGUAUCAUACUAUAAGUAGCUUUUGAGUUAGGGGUAAGCUCAAGAAUGUGAAGAACAAUGGCCAACUUUGAAGCUUACCAGGAAUAUCAGAGAAUUGAAGACUUUGAGGAGGACUCGCCACCAGGGGAGGAGGAGGAUUUACUGGUGCAUGUGCCCGAAGGCCUAAAAGACUCAUGGCACCAUAUCAAGAACCUGGAUAACUUCUUCAAAAGGAUCUAUCAUUUCCAUCAGAAGAAUGGCUUCGCUUGUAUGAUGUUGUCAGAGUUCUUUGAACUUAUUCAGUUUUUGUUUGUUGUCAUAUUCACAACGUUUCUUGUCAACUGUGUGGAGUAUGACGUCCUGUUUGCCAAUCGAGCGGUCAACCACACCGGGCAGGGCCAGAACCCCUUGGACAGGAACAAGGUCACUCUUCCUGACGCCAUCCUCCCCAGUGAGCAGUGCACUGAAAGGAUUCAAGAGAACAGUUGGCUUAUAUUCCUUCUCAUCAUGGCAGCCAUCUUCUGGCUCUAUCGACUUGUUAAAGUAUUUUGCAAUGUUAUGAGCUACUGGGAGAUCAGGCAGUUCUACAUCAAAGCCCUGAAGAUCAGAAUGGAUGAACUAUGCAACUUCACAUGGCAGGAAGUGCAGGACCGUCUCAUCAGCCUGCAGAGAGAACAGCAGAUGUGCAUACACAAGAAGGAGCUGACAGAACUGGACAUCUAUCACCGCAUCUUGAGGUUCAAGAACUACAUGGUGGCCAUGAUAAACAAGUCUCUGCUGCCAGUGCAGCUGCAGCUCCCCCUGCUGGGCAACGUGGUGUUCCUCACCCAGGGACUCAAGUACAACUUUGAGCUCAUCCUCUUCUGGGGCCCUGGCUCUCUGUUUCAGAACAAGUGGAACCUGCACCCCAAGUACAAGCGCAACGGGAACCGGCUGGAGCUGGCGCAGCAGCUCAGCAGAGUCAUCCUGCUCAUGGGUCUGGCCAAUCUGCUGCUGUGCCCCUUCAUCCUGGUGUGGCAGGUGCUCUACGCUUUCUUCAGCUACACCGAAGUGAUCCGCAGAGAGCCGGGGAGCCUGGGUGCGCGCCGCUGGUCCCUGUACGGCCAUUUAUACCUGCGUCACUUCAAUGAGUUGGACCACGAGCUGCACGGACGUUUAGGCCGCGGCUACAAGCCCACGUCCAAAUACAUGAACUCCUUUACGUCACCGGUGCUGACGGUGCUCGCUAAGAACUUUGCCUUCUUCUCAGGCUCAAUUUUAGCUGUGCUCAUUGCACUGACAGUCUAUGAUGAAGAUGUCCUGACAGUGCAGCACAUCCUCACCGCCAUCACAGUGCUUGGAGUGGUCAUCACCAUCGCCAGGUCCUUCAUCCCAGAUGAGCAUAUGGUGUGGUGUCCAGAGCAGCUGCUGCAGUGCAUGCUGGCACACAUUCACUACAUGCCGGACCACUGGAGGGGACAUGCUAACAAGAGCGAGACCCGCGACGAGGUGGCGCAGCUGUUCCAGUACAAAGCGGUGUUCAUCUUGGAGGAGUUGCUCAGUCCCAUUGUCACACCCUUCAUUCUCAUCUUCCACCUGAGGAACAAAUCUCUAGAGAUCAUCGACUUCUUCAGGAACUUCACUGUGGAUGUCGUUGGAGUCGGAGACAUCUGCUCCUUUGCGCAGAUGGACAUCAGGCGCCAUGGAAACCCAACAUGGAUGUCCCAUGGCCAGACGGAGGCGUCCAUAUACCAACAAGCUGAAAACGGAAAGACAGAGUUGUCUCUCAUGCAUUUCACCAUCAAGAACCCCCGCUGGCAGCCGCCUCAGGAGAGCUCAGUGUUCAUCAGCCAUCUGAAGGAGAAGGUGCACCACGACGCUCAGGGCGGCCCCUCCACCCAGCUGCUGCUCUCUGAGGCCCCGCUCUGCACCUCGCUGCAGUUCAACGGCUCCGGCGCUGCGCCUGAUAAUCUGCUGGCCAGUGUCUUGGCUCACCCUGUUCUAACUGCGUCUGGACUACAAGGGCGAGACCACCGCUUCAUCCCCCCCAGCACCGCUGCUUCUGCCGCUGCCAGUGUCCUGGCCUCUCUGUCCACCUCCCAGCUCCCCCACACCAGCCGCAGCCGCUCCCACAGCCUCCUGAACUCUUCCGUCCAACCCGAGACCAUGUACCGCAGCGACCGCACCAUCAUUGACAGUAUGUCUAACAGUGACAUCCGGGGCAAUACUCUGAACUCAGAGUUUGCCUCAGCAGAGAUGAGUCUCCAUGCCAUCUACAUGCACGAGCUCCACCAGCAGAGCUCCCACCCACAGAGAGCUUCAGGGCAGUGGCAGAACCCAGUGCCAAUGAGAGAUCUGCACACUAACAGUGGUUUCCAGUCACAAAGCGGUCUCGGUUCCAGCCUCUCGAUGCCCACCACUGUCCACCUUGGAGGCUGGCAGGAGGAGGAAGAGGAGAAUGAAGAUGAUCAGGAGAUAAACAGUGGAUCUACUCCAAAACAGGGCACUGGGAGUAGUAGUUGAGUGCCUUAGGUCAUAAGGUAUACGUUCUCUUUAAACUCUGUAAUAUGACACAAGUCUACGAUCUAUGCUUUGUGGUUCUUUACCCUGUGUGUUAGUCGAACCUUUACAAUGGCCUUUUAUCCUAGAAGGGAUACAUUGCCAUGAUAAUUUCUCCUCUUUAUUGUUUUUAUAGUGUUUACAGUUUUACUUUCUUCUAUGAACAUUGUGGCCUUAGAUGAUCUUCAUGGAGAGUUUAGCAUGGACCUUUAAAACAUCAUUCAGCGUUUGUUAUGAGAGGAGAUCAUUGAAUAACCACUGUCUCUGCACCUCCACGCCUCAUCCUGUCACAUCAGGCAGACUAUGGCAUCAGGGAAACCAUAUGUCUUCCGUCCGGUCCGAUCCAUCUCGAUUCUUGUUGUAAACUUGUACAGACAAACUAUGUCAAAUGACAGAGAGACGAUAUGGUGUAUUCAAAGGAUCACUGUGUGAAAAAAAGAAGCGCAAAAUGCUCAUCGCCACUUCUGACGAGCCUCAAAGUAUUUGUGCAUCACAAAGAUUAACAGCGCCAGUCUAUUUGAAUUCUCUCAGAGUGAUCUUCUGUCUUACCUAGACUGCAAACUGUAUCAUAGCCGCCUGAACAAUAUCGAUCACCUGUAAGAGAAUUCAAUAUUUCAUGUUGUGCUGUUUGACCCUGGUGAUUUGUAAAUACACGUUGUUGCUGACUUGUCCUUUUAAAAGACCACAUCUUUACUACCCGAGCUAAUCCUCAAAGAUACCAAGUAUUGAUUUGAUAAAGAUAAACACAUGUGUAUCUGACAAACACAUGCUUUGGUGCUGCUGGCUGUGUUUAACGGUCCUAAAUACAGAUUAUACACAGUAUUAAUAUUUCCACAUCUGCUGUUUCUGGACACUACAAAUUAAAAACAGGACUGAAAUCACAGGUCUAAAAUACACAUGGCAUCAAAAUCCUAAUGCAGAUAUAAGAUGUCUAUUUGAGCUGGACACAAAGCCAGCUUCAUGCCUUACCACCCAUAUUAAAAAAAAAGUUUUCAGUAUUACCUCAGUGGUGGUGAAGAAAAGAUAAUACCUCUGCAGUGAAAUUAUUCUUGUGUAAAUAUAAAUACAGUACAUAUUGGGUGCUUUGCAGUGUGCAUCUAAUAACUGCAUUUUGAUUGUGAUGGUGGGCAUACAUGGAAUCAUUUUCUCUUCUUAUAUCUCGCCCAGCAGAAGUCAUUGAAAUUGAUGGCACCAGAAAUUGAACAAAACAGGGUGGUAUUGCUUUAACCAAUCUGUGUUGUGCACAUAACAAAAAAAUGGAACUUCAUCAAAAGGGCUGAUUUUUAGAUUGUGCGCUGUUGCUUCUGCAGCUUUAGGUCUGAAGAUUUUAGGACAACAGCUCUCUCAGUGUUGGUUUUAUUCUUUCAAAAUAAGAGCAUGAGGAGGAAAAGGACUUUCCACAGUCUGCAUCAUCUGUUAGAUUUAGCUUUAUUUAUUACCUGUUACCCUCCCGGAUAUUUAAUUCAUGUUUGUGUAUUAUUUAUUUGUAAAACCAUUAUUUAGAUUUGUUUUGUGGAAUCAUUUUCUUUCACUUAACCUUUUUAAUCAAAUAAAUGGCAUGUUCCCACCAAAAAAGUAGUUAAAAAAUCAUUUGAUGUCGAAAUUCCACAAAAAAGUUUGUAUUAAUGCAAAUAUAACAUGCCCAUCCGCAUGAUUUUGAAUGUGAUUUAAACCUAAAAUAAACUGGGACUAAAUCUGCCUGUUGAUGCAGUGCCCAAAAAGAUAUUUUUUACCCGUUUUUAAUUGCAUUUUGUUUUAUAGAUCAGAGUAACAUAGAUGUCAUCCUGCACAACUGCAAGAGAGGGGUCAAUUUGUCUUUGCCCUCUCUCGUAUUUAGAAACUAUUACACUUUCUCUGUGAGCGUGUCUGUGGAAGGAAUGCGUUUUGGACACCUUCGUAAUUAUGCUAACAUGAACUUUGCACUGACAGAAAAUAAACAUUUGUUUUUAAAUGUGUGCGUGUAUAUAUACAGUACUUGCAUCAGUUACAGUUUGGAAAGGGCAGGUCUCAAAAGGGACACUUGAGUCAGUCUCCAUCCGGAACGAUCUCUUCUCGUUGUUUAUACAUAAACAACGCAUCCCUGCUUGUUGUAUUGUCGCAGUCCACAGCAAAACCACCUGGAAACACUGUGGCUUAUCACAUGAGGUCGUUCUUACCUCUGGUCAGUAAAAGUCCGCUCUGUAGGGGAUGAUGUGUGUCUCUGUCACGUUGUUAAAUAUACUCACAUGGGUCAUUUUCCAUCGUGCAGUGCGUUGAUGUUGUAGAGACACUGGAGCUCGGCUUCGUGCACAGAGUUGAUUCCGUUUGACGGUCUCCACAUUUACACCUCCCUGUUAUGUUUGUCAUUUUGUUUUAAGCAGUGCCUUAGUAUUAAGGAUUAGUAUUUGCUCUUCAUAGAAGCCAUUACAUGUAACCUAUUGGAUUUACUUUCGCAGAUUUAGCAGCACAUACUGUUUUGUUCACUCUUUUUGGCAAGUCAUUGUGUAUAGCAUCAAGUAUGUUGUGAUGUUGUGGAUGUGGCUUGUGAGAUGAGUUGUAAACUGAUCAUGAGAUCUUAUGUCAGUCUGUUGUAUCUGACAGCACACUUCUUCUUAUCAUGGUGUCUGAACUUGCACUGUCCUCAAUAUCCUAAAGAAGCAGGAAGUGUGCCUUGUAACUGUUGUCAUCACGGCCCACCUCCUCACCUUACCCUGGGUUAUCCACUAAAACACCAGUCGAACAACCACAGUGACUGGAACAAGGUGCUAAGUUUUCAUCCUGAAAUGUUGAAUAUGUUUUAAGACUUAGUUGUUGUGUUACUUAGGUUUGUUUGUUUUGUUCUGUAAAUUAAGAUACACUAGCUGAAAAAUAAAACAUGCCAAAAGAACUUGUCUUCGGCACAGCUUUACAAUACAUGUGCUGUUUCCCCCCCCCCCCGCGUGAGUAGAGAGGCAAAUUAAUCUAAUUUUUGGUAUUUAAUCAUUUCAUGUGUGGUGGAUUAUGCCAUGUUUAUUUGAAAUUAAAAAGUACAUUUAAAUUAUGUCACUCUAUUUAUAUUGCUGUUAGUAUGCCUUGUUGGCUUCUGAGAUUACAAUGUGGGAGCUUCUCUCUUUAAGUCUUGGACAUUUCUGACACCAAUAUAUUAGUCUGUCGAAAUUAAUAAGUAGAGCCUGAUAAGUCUGAGAUGUCCUUAUAAUAUGUGAGACUGUGCAGCGAUAGAUAUAGACAUCCAACUCAGUGACCCAAAAAAACUGAAGGAUACUUAAAGCUUUGUGAAAGAUUUGAAAAUGUCUAAUUUGGUUGACUCUUAGAGGUGGUAUCACACUGUGGUAGAAAGCAAUGCAAAGUGCUUUAAAGGUGGACAAAGUAAAAACACAGACAAAAAGAUACACUGAAAAAAACAAGUGUACCUAAUGACGAACAUCUCAAGCAGAGAUAGAUUAAAUUAUAUUUCAUAUUGUACAUGUGUCUGAUUUCUCUGUCUUAUAAGUCAUCAGCAGGUUUUGUUUUCAUCUUUUGAUCUCUUGCUCCACUCUGCUUUUACUCAAGAUGCAUAUUAUAUUACGGGCUCAAAACUCUCUUAAAGGAAAACAUAUUAUUUACAGACUUUGUGCAUUUACAUGUUUUAGUGUCUCCUUUGCUUUCUUCCCCUUCCUCCGCCCCUCUGUGUCUCAUUACUGCAAAUCUGCUACUCUCACUCUUGGCCUAAUUGAAAUUCUUUAGUCCAAUCCAUGUUGAGUGUGAUUUUUAAAAAUCUUUGUAAAUUAGUUACAUGUUUUUGUUUGGUUUUGUGGGUUAGAAUGGUUAGGUUGAUUUAUGUUUGAAGUUUCUUUUUUUCUGCAGUGAAAGCUCAUUGCCCUGUGUACCCCUGUUGUAUUACUGGUACUCUGUCAAUACUGUAAAUAAACAUUGUAAAUAAACACCACACACCUCUAUUUGAGAUGCA